AUGGCUCGUCACGCACUCGCCCUGGCGUUGGCCUCGACUUGCAGUCUUGCAACGGCUCUUAGCACUCCCCAGGUGCUUCCUCGUGCCGCCGGUCCAUGCGCCGGUAACACGGCGACCACGCGCUCUCAGUGGUGUGACUUCAGUAUCGACACCGACUACCACAACAUAGUCCCCGAUACUGGCGUUACCCGAGAGUACUGGCUCGAGCUGGCCGAGAUCCAAGCUGCCCCGGAUGGCAGAGAGCGCAGCGGCAUGGCCAUCAACGGCAGCAUACCCGGGCCCACGUUGUUCGCCGACUGGGGCGACAAUGUGAUUGUUCAUGUCACCAACAAUCUCCCUGCCUCUUCCAACAAUGGUACCAGCAUGCACUUCCAUGGCAUCCGACAGAACUACACCAAUCAAAACGAUGGUGUUACGGCCAUCACCCAGUGUCCCACAGCUCCGGGCUCGACCGUGACUUAUAAAUGGCGCGCGACCCAAUAUGGCUCUACCUGGUACCAUUCCCACUGGGCCUUGCAGGCUUGGCAUGGCAUGUUGGGCGGUCUCGUGAUCAACGGACCGGCGACGCAAAACUACGACGAGGACCUGGGAAUGCUGUUCCUCAACGACUGGGACUUGCAGACUGUGGACCAACUCUACCAUGAGGCCCAGACCUCUGGUCCACCCACUCUGGACCAAGGUCUGAUCAAUGGCACAAACGUCUUUACGUCCAGCGAUGGCACCACUACCGGCCACCGAUGGAACACAACUUUGACUGCCGGUAAAUCCUACCGCAUCCGCUUGGUGAACGGAGCCAUCGAUACGCACUGGAAGUUCUCGCUUGACAACCACACCCUGACCGUCAUCGGAAUGGACCUGGUGCCCAUCAAACCCUACACCACCAACAUCGUGAACAUCGGCAUGGGCCAGCGGUACGACCUGAUUGUGACGGCCGACCAAGCCUCCACCGCAGACGCCUUUUGGAUGCGCGCGAUCCCCCAGUCGGCCUGCAGCGAAAACGACAACGCCAACAACAUCCGCGGCAUCGUCUACUACGGUCAAGCCUCGGACAAGGUCCCGACCACGACCGGCUACCACUACGAAGACAGCUGCGACGACGAGGACCCCGCGAACCUGGUGCCGCACUUGGCAAAGGACGUGGGCGCCAGCACCUGGGCCGACACCGAGACGGCGUCCGUGGCCUUUAACGAGGAGAACCUGUUCCGCUGGUACCUCAACACGACCACCAUGGUGGUGGACUGGAAGAACCCGACGGUGAAGCAGGUGGCGUCGGGCAACACGAGCGUCUUUGAGGCGUCCAACGCCGUCAUGGUGCUCGACAAACCCGACGAGUGGAUCUACCUGGCCAUCCAAAACACCCUGCCCGUGCCGCACCCCAUCCACCUGCACGGGCACGAUUUCCAGGUCCUGGCCCAGGGCAUCGGCGAGUACCAGACGGGCACCACGGCGCUGAACCUCGUGAACCCGCCGCGCCGCGACACCGCCCUGCUGCCGGCGUCCGGCUACGUCGUCCUGGCCUUCCAGACCGACAACCCGGGCGCCUGGCUCAUGCACUGCCACAUCGGCUGGCACACGAGCGAGGGCUUCGCCAUGCAGUUCGUCGAGCGCCAGAGCGAGAUGCUGGCCCUCAUUGACCAGGAACAGCUCGAGAGCAGCUGUGCCGCCUGGGCUUCGUACCAGACGGCCAACAAGGUUGCGCAGGAGGACUCGGGCAUUUAG